UACUCCCUGCAAAUAGUAAGCAAAUCAAUUAAAUUAACAUCGAUAGUUAUAGUUAGUACAAACUUCAAAAAUGGAAUCGGGAAAUCGUGGGGGAAUGCAUGAAACGGAAGAAGUGGAAGAGGACGAUACGGGAGAAUCUGAAGAAACCUCUGGUGAGGAGGACGCCGUAGAAGCCGCCGACGAUUGGGAGAGUUUGCCUAAAAUGUCACACCAGAGCAUGAGAUAUGCAACGGCGGCUGGUUUUGGGGAAAUCUUUAACACAACAACGCAGCCUAUCUACUCCAAGAUGGAUUUGACUAAAUUGGUGAGCGCGGUCGGUUCCAGAGGUGAAAUGCCACCCCUUCCAGAAACUCCGUCAACAACUUCGACAUCCGAUAAGCAUGAACAGUUUGAAAAAAUUUACGGCAAGUUGAAAAAAGUAGAAAAGGAAAACCGUGAUCGAAACGGUCAACAGGCAACAACCGCAGAUCCACUUCAAGAUGUUAUGCAGUCAAACUUUGUCAAAACCAUUGUCAAAACGUGUCUGUAUCGUCUCGUUCUCCUCGGGUCUCAUAACGAAGAUCAAGAAAAGCUUAUCGAGUGGAUGAAAGAUGUCGUGGAGGAUAUCAACGUUCACAGCUAUUCGGAAACUCUAACGGGCGUAUUUCUUAGUUACCCAAACCAUUUUGUCCAUGUUCUCGAGGUAUUUAGAGCGUGGGGUAACGAGCGGGUGGAAGGCUGAGCGUGCGAUGGGUCCGUUGACCAUGACGCAAGACCAAGUCCCAGCUGGAGACUAUCGAGAACGUCUCUUCCACGUGACCCGACAAUGCAUCAUCAUGGCGAUUGCACUCUACAAGCUGAACCCUUUGCGCCCACCUGCAGGCGUUCAGUCGACAACCACAACUUCCACCAAGAAAUCUGGACAUCGUUCUCUUCAAGCGUCAAUCAAACCUUCUUCAGCCGCACUCAAUCCUACCAUGCAGAUCGGAGCUGCGGCCGGUGCAGAAGCGGAGGCAACAAGAGUCCGAUAUGAAGAACAGCGGAAAAGAAGGGCAGCAUCAAUUGCGCAAAUUAUUCCGAAACCUGCCAUGAUUGACUACAUUAUGAGAAAGAAUGAAAAACGUAAAAUACAAUUGAGGACAGUGAGGGAACAUUUGGAUUUCUUUUGGAAAAUUCCCAAAGUUAUUUUCAGCCAACAAACAGAUUGGCCGAUUGCUAGUAAAAUUGCACCAUACAACUAAUCCAGGAAAAGAGAUUAUGCAAAGGUUAAUUCUGUAAUAAAUUAAAAAUUUACUACUUAUAACAUGGUCAAUGAAUAAGUUUAUUAAA